AUGGUGAGCUUAAUAAAAUAUGUUUGCGGAUUACGUUCUUCUAUCCCGUCUCUUUGUUUCGUCCUGCUUUUUUUUUCUCUUUCCUUUUCUUAUCUCCCCACCCCACUCUCUUCCCCCCUCCCUUUCCACCCUCCUUCCAUCCGCUAUACUGACUUCUUCAUCGUGAACAGGCAGUCAUAUACCAAUUGUGUACCGGGCUCGUGCCUCUCGUUGCAACGGUUUCCGACUGGAGAAGGCCAUGAGAGCCAGCCAAUCCGCCAUCCUACUCCCCCCACCCCCAGCGUUCAGAUUUCAUCCUCUGGAAGUUUUCUCCUCAAUUCUCUCUCUCACUUAGGUUUUUUUCAUACACUUCCUCCCACUCUCUCUCUCUCUCUCUCUCUCCCUUCUCUAAUUCUCUGUCUACUUUUCUGUCUCUUUUUCUAUGAGUUUUCUCUCUACUUCUUUCUCUUACUUUUUUCAUAUAUCUUCACACUCUGUAGCUCUCUCUUUCUAUCUGAUUAUCUGUCCUCUCCCUCUCUACUUCAUUCUACUUUCCUCUCCUUUGCUUGGCUCUCUGUCCAAUCUCUCUUAUUCUAUCUCCUCCCACCCUCUCUCUCUCUCUCUCUUCCUUAUUCUUUGUUCAUUUCUCUCUCUUUCUCAUUCAUUCUCGUUCUCUCACUCUCUUUGACUCUCUGUCUACGUUUCUCUCUCACUUUAUCUGCUCAAUAUUCAGGCUUUAUCUCCACUACCCCGUCCGUCUCUCUCUCUCUCUCUCUCUCUCUCUCUCUCUCUCUCUCUCUCUCUUCUUCUAUCUUCUUUCUCGCUCUCAUUUUUUUGAUCUCUCUCUUUUUUCCUAUGUUUUCUCUCUCUUUCUCAGGUUCAUUUUCUGUGUUUUUGUGUUUCUUCUUCUUCGUCUUCUUCUUUCUUUCUAUCUAUCUAUCUAUCUAUUUAUCUAUCAAUCUCUCCCUCUUCAAUAAUGCCCAUCCACUCUUCACGCUUAUCUGA